AAUCCCUACAAAUACUCCAUUCUCCCUCCACUCUUUCCAAACACACUCCCCUCCCUCUCUAUACACUAGUUUGAUUUUUCCAAGUAGUGACUAAUUCAAGAGUGAAAAUUUGAGAUUUAAUCAAUGGGAAGGCAAGCACUCUUAUUAGCAAACAUGGACAAUUACAAGUCCUCCUCCUCCUCCACCUCCAGCGACGGCGACGGCGACGGCGAUGACUACGCCCUCGACCGCCUCAGCGCCGACAGCUCCCCACUCAUGAUGUCACCAUGGAACCACGCCUCGCCCCUCCCAAAACUCCCAUGGCCCUCCUCCAAUAUUUCCACGCCGCCGCCGCCAGCCGCCCUCGUCGGAACCCUCCGCCGCAAGGAGGGCCACAUAUGCUCCCUCGCGGCCAACGACGGCCUCCUCUACACCGGCUCCGACAGCAAGAACAUCCACACGUGGAGAGACAUGAAGGAAUCCAGCUCCUUCAAGUCCAGCAGCGGCUUCAUCAAGGCCAUCGUCAUCUCUGGCGACAAAAUCUUCACCGGCCACCAAGACGGCAGGAUCCGCGUCUGGACGAUUACCGACGCGGGCAACGGGACCCACAGGAAGAUCGGGACACUGCCUUCGUUCUUCGCCGUGGUUAAGGCCUCCAUGCGGCCGAAGAACUACGUCCCCGUGGCGGCGAGGCGCAACCGCGCGGCGCUGUGGAUCAAGCACGCCGACGCGGUGUCUUCGCUGAGCAUGUGCGAGGAGAGCGGCCUCCUCUACUCGGCCUCGUGGGACGGGACAAUUAAAGUGUGGCGAAUCCAAGACUCGAAAUGCGUGGAGUCCGUGGCGGCGCACGGCGACGCCGUCAACGCCGUGGCGGCGGGGGGCGGGGGGAUGGUGUACACGGGCUCGGCGGACGGCGCCGUGAAGGUGUGGAGGAGGGAGGCGGCGGGGCGGCACCGGCUGCGGCGGACGCUGCUGCGGCAGGACAGCGCCGUGACGGCGCUGGCCGUAGGCGGAGGGGGAGCGGUGGUGUACUGCGGGUCGUCGGACGGGGUGGUGAACUUCUGGGAGGUGGAGAAGGAGGAUCUGUCCCACGGCGGGGUUCUGAGGGGCCACGAGCUGGCGGUGCUGUGCCUGGCGGCGGCCGGGGACCUCGUGUUGAGUGGCUCGGCCGAUAAGACGAUAUGCGUGUGGAGGAGGGAGAGGGGGGUGGAGCACACGCACCUGACGGUGUUGGAGGGGCACGUGGGCCCGGUGAAGUGCCUGGCUGUGGAGGCGGACGGCGGCGGCGAUGGAAAAUGGAGGGUUUAUAGUGGUAGUCUUGAUAAUUCGGUGAAGGUGUGGAGUGUAUAGCAAUGUUUUAAAAAUCGGAGCGUUAAGUGAACCGGUGAAGCUACUGGUUCAUGGUUCAAUCGGUCGGACCGGUUUAAUCACUGGUCGAACCGUUUUACUGUUACAAAUAUGUAUAAUUCAAUUUAUAAUGUAAAAUAUAGUGUCUAAUAUAAUAAAUAAUAAAAUAUUAUCAAUAA